GUACGCAAGGGACAGAGUGAACCGACGGCGUUUCGAGAACGCAAGGGACAAGGGGAUCAGUGGCGGUUCUCCGGCAACGGUUAUCGGGAAGUUGAAAUAUGGCGCCGGCGAAGAGGGGAAAAGCGAAGGCGGAGCAGAAGGCAGCAUCGCCGCCGGAGAAGCCUGAUAAUUUUCCGGGUUGUAUUCGGUGCGUGCCUCCUUCCUCCGUCGCGAUAACCAUUCAUGCUAAACCUGGUUCCAAAUCUGCAUCCAUAACAGAUGUCAGUGAUGAAGCAGUGGGCGUGCAAAUUGAUGCUCCGGCGAGGGAUGGCGAAGCAAAUGCUGCUCUUCUCGAUUACAUCAGUUCUGUUUUAGGGGUAAAAAGAAGACAAGUCUCUCUAGGUACAGGUUCUAAGUCAAGAGAUAAGACAGUCAUUGUGGAAGAUGUAACUCAGCAAUAUGUGUUUUCUGCAUUGGAUAAAGUCUCAAAGCAGUAGUGAUGAGCACAAAUAUUGAAAGAAAGAAAACAAGUUUUUCAUUGAAGAGGAGAAUUCAUCUUGCUGCUUGUUACUUGCUACUACCAUUUACCAAAAUUAAGUGAAGCCAGAACAGGUGUGAUUACCUGUUUUCCUGUAACAAUACUAACUAGGCCACGGAGUCUGGAUGCUAUAAAACCACUAUUUGUUUCCGAUUUUGGCUUGCUUGAUUUUGUUGCAGCUUAGAUUUUGAUCAUUUCAUGUAGAUUAUGCUGGUUGUAUUGAUCAAUGUUGGCCACUUCACCUCCUAUUUGUUGAGUGUCACACAUAACUUAUAAUCUCUCUUAACCUUUUGUAUCUGUACAUUAGAAGAGUAAGAAUUAUACUUGGAUUCAUUUCUGUGAUUGAAAUUAGCUACUCUGCAACUAUGUACUGCAAAAACUUGCCUUUCCCCAAGCAAUUACUCCUAUAACAUUGAGAAGGGGGAGAUUUAACAAGGCUACUUUCAUAUCAUUUUCGCAA